UCUGGGUCGCUGUCGCCGCCCGGGACCCCGCGCUCCACGGACCGCCGGUGAAGAGGGCCGGCUGGCUGCUGACGUCUUCGGGAUGGAGCACAUCCGCACCACCAAGGUUGAGCAAGUGAAAUUACUUGACCGAUUCAGUACCAGCAAUAAGUCACUAACAGGAACACUGUAUCUUACAGCUACACAUCUAUUAUUUAUAGACUCUCAUCAGAAAGAAACCUGGAUAUUGCAUCACCAUAUUGCUUCAGUAGAGAAACUGGCUUUGACUACUUCUGGAUGCCCACUUGUGAUUCAGUGCAAGAACUUCAGGAUUGUGCAUUUCAUUGUUCCCAGAGAAAGAGAUUGCCAUGAUAUUUACAACUCUUUACUACAACUGUCAAAACAAGCAAAAUAUGAAGAUCUGUAUGCAUUCUCUUAUAAUCCUAAACAAAAUGAUUCAGAACGAAUACAAGGUUGGCAACUCAUUGACCUUUCUGAGGAGUAUAAGAGGAUGGGAGUACCAAAUUCCAACUGGCAGUUGUCUGAUGCCAACAGAGAAUACAAGAUUUGUGAAACUUACCCCAGAGAACUCUAUGUUCCCCGAAUCGCAAGCAAACCAAUAAUUGUGGGUAGUUCCAAGUUCCGGAGCAAGGGAAGAUUCCCAGUUCUUUCCUAUUACCAUCAAGAAAAGGAGGCUGCCAUUUGUCGAUGUAGUCAGCCACUGUCAGGAUUCAGUGCCAGGUGCCUGGAGGACGAACAUUUGCUUCAAGCCAUUAGUAAAGCCAAUCCGGUCAAUCGUUACAUGUAUGUUGUGGAUACCAGGCCCAAACUGAAUGCAAUGGCCAACAGAGCUGCUGGUAAAGGCUAUGAAAAUGAAGAUAACUAUUCCAAUAUUAGAUUUCAGUUUGUUGGAAUUGAAAAUAUUCAUGUCAUGAGGUCCAGCCUUCAGAAAUUGUUGGAAGUCAAUGGUACCAAGGGACUUUCUGUCAAUGAUUUCUACUCUGGUUUGGAGAACUCAGGAUGGCUUCGUCAUAUCAAAGCUGUUAUGGAUGCUGCAAUCUUCUUAGCCAAAGCAAUAAUGGUUGAAAAUGCAAGCGUGUUGGUACAUUGUUCUGAUGGUUGGGAUAGGACUUCCCAGGUUUGUUCCCUUGGGUCUCUCUUACUGGAUUCCUACUACAGGACAAUCAAAGGAUUCAUGGUUUUAAUAGAAAAGGAUUGGAUCUCUUUUGGACACAAAUUUUCAGAGAGGUGUGGCCAGUUGGAUGGUGACCCAAAGGAAAUCUCACCAGUGUUUACUCAGUUCUUGGAAUGUGUGUGGCAUUUGACUGAACAGUUUCCACAAGCCUUUGAAUUCAACGAGGCAUUUCUUCUUCAGAUCCAUGAACAUAUUCAUUCUUGCCAAUUUGGAAACUUUCUUGGAAAUUGUCAGAAGGAAAGAGAAGAACUCAAGUUAAAGGAGAAGACUUAUUCUUUGUGGCCAUUUCUUUUGACUGACCAAAGGAAGUACAUAAAUCCCCUUUACAAUUCUAAAUCGCAGAAAUUUGCAGUGUUGGAGCCAAAUACAGUAUCUUUCAACUUUAAGUUUUGGAGAAAUAUGUACCACCAAUUUGAUCGAACAUUGCACCCUAGGCAGUCUGUAUUUAAUAUCAUUAUGGACAUGAAUGAGCAAAAUAAAGAGUUUGAGAAAGAUAUUGAAGACUUAGAAACUAAAAUCAAACAACAUAAAAAUAAGCGAACAGAUGAAGUUCUUACCAAGGAAUUGUUGAGUUCAGUUCGUCCUGAAUCACCUACCCUCAAAACAUCCCUGUGUUUUAAGGAGCAAACCCUGCUGCCUGUGAGUGAUGCUCUCCGAACUAUAGAGGGCAGCAGUCCUGCAGAUAACCGUUAUAGCGAAUAUGCAGAAGAAUUUUCCAAAUCAGAACCUGCUGUGGUCAGCUUAGAGUAUGGUGUGGCGAGAAUGACUUGUUAGAUUCGUAUUUUCUGAACUGAUUGUAAUGCAAUAAAUGGAUUAUGAGGGUGAUCUGAUCUGUGUGCAUGACCAAAAGGAAUUCAUCUAACAGUGACCUUAGAGUUACAGUAGGUUAGAUAAUUGAAGAACAGAUAACACCUGUACUUGUGAAAGAAAUAAGUCAAAAAAUGACUUCCAGUUCUAUAAGAAGUAAGUGAUGUUGGUGAGUGUACCCAUAACAGAUUUCACUGUACAUAGUGAAUUGAAGUUGGUCUGAUUUAUAUGUUUAUUACAGCAAAACAGGAAUUGCCUUUCUUAGGAGCAAAGUAAUUUUCAGAAAACAAACUACACAAAGUUGUUCCUAAGAGACUGACAUGGUAUGUACUUUUGAGUUUGUAGCUAUAACUACUUUACAUAUUUUACUUUUCAGUGAGUGAUGUUUAAUGUUCAAGUGCUAUAAAAUACAUUUUUAAGAAAGCCUUAAAAUCCCAGUUUCUUGUUUACUCUUAAGUUUUAUAGCCUGGAGUACGAAUUUUAAAUGUUAUUUUCUUUUGUUCAGCUUUGUUUGAUUCAUGAAGCAUUCUCAUUAUAUAGAAGUUGCAUGCUUUAAUAUUCUUACAUAACAGUCACAGAAGCAUUCUUGUUAAGCUCUUAUUCUGCCAAUCCCAGUUUUUAAAUUCAAAAUUGUUGAAGUUUUAUUCUGAUUACCAUUAGUGCUAUAUUUGGUUAUUAUUUACUUACAUGGUUGCUUUCUUGAAUAUGUGUAAGCACAGUUGAGUUUUUUAUGUAUGGAUUACUGCAUUCCAUUGAUUCUUUGUGGUUCACUUUCUUUGGUAACUGGUAAAUUUAAAGAGUUAAUACUGAAUCUGGUGUCGGAAACAAUGAACAGUAUGUACAUAGGUAUUUUUAAAACUGCUUUGUCUCUCAGUGAGUUGCUAUUCCUAGAAUAUCUUUGUUUACCCAACAUUUUUGGGGUUGAAAGAAGGGGGAAGUACAGAUUGUUUAGAUUUCACUUGGUUGCAUGAAUUUUAAAGCAGUCAUUUCUAUAUGGUAAAUUUCUUCUUUGUUAAUACAGGAACAACAAAAAAGGAAAAUUAUGAAUAUUGUAAUUUCAAAGUUAUUGUUUAGUGAAAGCAAUUUAAAUGCUGGAAAGAGUUUCAUUUUUACCACAUUACUGAAACUUUUUAUUCUUUGUACCAGUUCAUAUCUUUAAAUUACAAACAAACCAAAAAAAAGCAAGAGACAGAGGUAACAGUGUCACUUUUAAAACAGAAAACUUCAGUUACAUAGGUCGCCUGAGUUACAACUCAAGAAUAUUAAGGAAUCUAUAAUAGGUUCCCUUCUUGCUUCUCUUUAUUUAACCUACAUCUGUUGUAUUAGUUUUGAAGAUAAAUAUCUUUCAAAUGGAGAAAAACUAUUGUAUGAGAGCCUGUAUAAUCCUUUUCAUUUUUCCCAUGUUUUUCACUAAUACAUAAUAUAAUAAGAAAAUUACUCCUUUACAGACAGUACCAGAAAUGCAAUAUAAAAUAUAGUUUGUAAUUUAACCAAGUCUUUUCCCAUAUUUAGGAACUGGGACAGGAAGCAGUCUUUGUGAUCACAAGGAAAACUUUUGUGCCUUGUUACUUGAUGCAGAUACUGAUUGUGGUUUCAUAAUCUCCAAUGGCAGAUGACUUAAAUUCCACCAUUCGCUUUAUUACUCUUCCAUCUGCAGCAUAUAUUUGCGCAUCAAUUUGUAUGCUUGGAUGCACCCACUUGGACUGAGAAUAGUUAACAUACUAAGUGACCUACAGGGUGUAUGUUGGCAGAAAACAAAACAAAAAAAACCA